UGCAAGCAUCGUCAGGCAGGCCGGGAUCAUCAACAGGAGGUCAGAACGUAUGGGGUUAAGCAGGAGAAUGGUCAGACAAAGCCAGGGAUCAGAGCAGGAGAAUGAGCAGGGGUCAGCAACGAAUCAGACAGAAACAGGAACAGGAACAGGGAUGCAGGAACAGGAUACAGGGCCCAGGAGAAACACACACACCAAGGCAAGGCCUGCAGGUCUGGCCAUCACUUAAAUACACCUGCCUAAGCAGUUUCAGGUGUUUGGCUGGCUGCAGGGUUGAGUCUCUGAUUGCUGGGAGCACCCGCUGGCCAGCCCUGGUACUGCAGCCCACAAGGCAGGUGAGUCCCACCACUACUGGCAAGUCCAUUCCUAACAGU